GUAUUUACAAAAAGGAAAGACAUUAAUCUUAAUAAAUCAAGAGUGAGCUUCUGUAUACAUCACAUCUCAAGAAGCAUUCACAUAAAUACUCAAAGCUAGUGGAUACUGAAGAAAAAAAUAAUACUAUAAACAAAUUUCUGUUAAAAAAAAACAUUUUUUAUUUUUGUUACAUUUUUUGGUGCAUACACUAAUGUCAUCGUUACUUAAGGAGGAAAUGCAAAAACGGUUGUUUAGACCUGAUGGACAUCGACUGGAUGAGUUUAUUGAACUUGUUUAUUCGACACAAGGGAGAUAUUUUCUGUGUGUUGCAGUGACAAAAACUCAGGAAGUUGAAAUUUCUUUGGUGAAAUACAUCCGAUCAGAGGUGGAGGACAGCUAUGAAAAACUACAAACCUGGUUACUUAAAGAUUUGGUGCUGCUUGAUGGAAGAGAAUCAGAUACAGAUAACUCAUUCUUUGACAUGCAUUUUGAGAAAGUGUAUACACUGGAGGCCAUGAGCUGUGCUUCAAAGUAUGCCUUUGCUCGGUGUUUGGUACAACUGAGUGGAAAGGUUCAGAAGAAGGACCUUAAAAUUGCAAACUUUGACAUUACGUACAUUAAACCCACAUCCAUCUCCUCAAACAGAGGUGACUGUAUGUUCUUGAUGCAGAUUUGCUUCUAUGCUUUCAAUCUUGUGUGUUUGUCUCUCUGCCCUGUGCCCUAGAAAGCAUUACAAUGUUGCACCUUUACAAACACUUGAAAACAUUUCACAGUUUUUCACUCCUGUUUUACUAAUUCUAACAAGUUUGGAUUUGUGUUCACAGAAGAUGGAUCUGCAAAUAAUGAUCUUUUUUUCCAGCCCAGGUUUUAAAGAAAGAUGAAGGCUUUUCUAAUUUAAUUGAAAUAUGCUGCUUGAUGCCUUUUCUCUGCCCUCCUCUCUGAAGAUCUCCAAGUGCUUGGGAUUUCAAUGAUGUGUUGUGGAGAUGUCAUUCAGUUUAGCAUCAAUGACAAUGCUGAGUUUCUCCAAAGUGUUUGCCAAAAUGAAGCUAUUAAUUUUGUAUAAAAAAUUAGCCUUUAAUAGAAAUACAUAGGGUAGCUAUCAGUGGAACCAUACUGGAGAAGUUAACUUAUCACCAACUGCAUGUGUCCCUAUUCUUCAUGAUUUAUCUGUUUUUCUUAAUUAAAUGGCUAAAUUCCCAAACUAAAUUUGAAUAUAUUUAUAUAAAACAUAUUUUGUUAUUUUGUGUACUAUCGGUAAUCUGUAUUAUAGAAAUGGGA